GAAGAACAUGUGCUGUGCAGAAUUGUCAGCGGUGAAUACAGCUGCUGAUGCAGGAAGACUCAUGUGCUUUAUUCUGCAGAGUUCAGAUUACAGGAAGCUCCCUCCCACCACCAAACGCAUUCUCGACUCAGAGACAGACUCAGAGCUACUCCUUUCACUACAUCUCUCAGAUUCAACAAAAUGCCUGGAAACCUCUUAAAAAAUCCGAAUGGAGACGAGAAUUUGGAACAUUGGGAGCUGACAGAGAAUGGAGGCGAUCAAUGGGGGACAGGCGACAUGCCGGAGGACAGUGGACACACUUUCAAUAACGAAUCAAUCACUAAAUACUUCUGCACCUCUUUUAAGCUGUGUAUAAAGAGACAAGUGAUUGACCUGCUGGCAGAGGGUUACGACCCUGAAAAUUUAGAUAUAAUACAGCCAGCGGUAAAUGUGGAGGACUGGUUCUCUAGCCGAACAGACUGUGGAUGUAUUUAUAUGCUCACUGUGACUCUGCUUGAUGAACACCUAGAGGUCAUAGAAGAAUUUAAGCCAGAGGAAGUGACCAUUGACCCUAAUUGUGAUGAAUGCUCUUGGAAAAAGGUGAGCCACACUUUCACAGAUUAUGGUCCGGGCCUUCGCUUCAUCGCUUUCCAACACGGCGGUAAAGACACCAAGUAUUGGAAGGGCCGGUAUGGAGUGAGAGUGACUGGAAGCUCUGUUACAUUAGAUAUCUAAACAAAAUCAUAAUUAUUUAAAAAAGAACAGAUGUAUUUUCUCGCAGCUUGCUUUUAGUUUUGCACAUACAGAUCUAGGUGUAAUAGUAAUUGUUACAUUAACAAUGCACUUCUAAUGAAGUUUCUAUAUGCAAUAGAUCUUCAGUUAGCAUAAUUUCCUUAUGUGUAAUGCUGUACAAAUAUGUCUGUAUCAUGCACACUUAAAAAUAAAUGAAGUGACAAAACAUGA